AUGCAGUACUACAAAAACACGAUAGGUAUAUUAAAUCGAGCUCUCUACCCAGACAUGGACGAAAAAGGACCAUACGCCUACGAUGAAACACUCCUGAACACGCAUUUGAACUUCACUGCUGAUGGCGAACAAAUGCAGUUCGCCCGGGCGACCCGCUAUGUCUUCAAUCCAUCCAAAUCUUGUCCAACGUGCGAUCCAAAAAAGGACACCGUAACUGUUCCCGAUAUAAGCUUCUUCAUAGGUAUGGCACAGAUCGACGCAUUUGUUGAGCAGAUUCUUGGAAACGAUGAUCUGAAGAGCUUUUGCCAGUUAAUUCUGAAGGACAAGUGCCCAAUGUUGGCCGAAAUGUUGGAAAGAGAAAUUGGCAGUUUUAUGGAGCUUUUCAAGACUAGGCCAUUCGUGACCGUUACUGUCGAUGAGCUCAUUUUCUCGGGUUACGUCUCCCCACUAGUCACCAAGUUCGCCAACCGCCUCAUCCAGAUAUCUAACAAACUGCUUGGAACCAAUAUUGCACUCAAUCGAUGGAACAAAUUCACCCCUGCUAAUGGAACAACGGAUACGCUGUAUACGGUGCAAACCGGGAAGACUGACUACUCUCGAGCUGGAUACACCAUUUCUUUUACAAGUUUGGCGAAUCAAUCUCUUCCGAGCAACGGAGACAAGCUGCCUUCUCAAUGGUGGCCUGGCGCAGAACACAAAAUCAUGCAAUGGGGGGGCCACGGCCUGUAUUGCUGCGAAGGAAGCCAAUCAGCGACACUUCAAUACGAAAAAGAAGGUGACAGUGCAAGGAAUUACGGGAUAUCGAUACUUGUUACCAUCAGAAGGAGUUUGACUAUUCGGUGUCGGACAAUUGUGGUUUCUGUAACCCUAACACCCUCAGCAAGUCCGGUGAUCGUUUCCAAACCCCAUUUCUACCAAGCCUCCACUAUCGUACGGUCGUUUGUUCCGCGAUUCAAGCCAUCUUAUGAUGACGAUGAAACGACGCUUGACAUUGAGCCGAUUACUGGCACCGUUCUGGCAGCCAACAAGCGACUUCAAAUCAAUAUGCUUCUUAAUCAAUUCAGGACAAUUGGGUAA